AAACGCAAGCGUACAGCCAUGCCAUGCCAUCUACCGCGCUUCUCCCGACCUUCGUAAACAUGUUUUUUUUCCGCGUGCAAAAGUCAAAGCAUUCUUCCAACUCUCACGUACCACACACGCCUCUCUCUUCUUCCUACGACCUUGAAACAAGUUUUUCCUCUAUUUCUUCUUUCCCAAUUCCAAUUCCAAUUCCAGACAACAACAAACCCAAACCCUAGCCCUUGCUAGCUCUUGAUUCUUGAUGGAUGGACUAGAUGAUCGCUUCUCCGCCGCCGCCAAUACCAAGAAACCCUUUGCCCUUCCCCGAUCAUUCACCUAUCACCAGACCUUCCACCGCCGCUCCCGUGACGCUUCCCGCCCCUUCUGGAAGAAUCUUGCUGACAACGAUCCCAACACCUACGUCUCCGAUUCCCGCGUCAUCCUCUACACCACCUCUCUACGCGGCAUCCGCCGGACGCAUGAGGACUGCUGCGCCGUCCGCGCAAUCCUCCGUGGCUUCCGCGUUGCCGUCGAUGAGCGGGAUGUUUCCAUAGACGCGGCUUACAGGCGCGAGCUCCAAUCGCUGAUCGGUGGAAAGGGGCGGCCGGUUUCCCUUCCCCAAGUCUUCUUGCGCGGCAGACAUAUAGGUGGGGCAGAGGAGGUGCGCCAGCUCCAUGAGAUUGGAGAGCUCGGGAAAUUGCUCGAGGGUGUUCCAGGGCAGGACCCUGCGUUCGUAUGCGGCGGAUGUGGCGGAUUUCGGUUCGUUCCGUGCGGGAGAUGCUGCGGUAGCCGGAAAGUGUUCGUGGAGGAAGAGGGACGGAUGCGACGGUGUGAUUAUUGCAACGAGAAUGGAUUGGUACGGUGCUCUCACUGCUGUUCAUCUUCUUCUUAUUGAAGAACACCGGUUCUAAUUGGGGAAGCAAAUGAUUCCAAAAAAAAAAAAUUGAUAUGCUGAAAUAAGGAAGAAAAUGUUAUUUGAUCUUUGAUUAUUAAAUUGCGGUUCAAAUUAAUUCUUUUGUGGAAGGUAUAGGGGAUUUGAAUUCGUAGGAAUUUAUGUUUGAUCAUAUAUUGUGGUUUUUGUAAAGGCAAUAUGACUUUAAUUCUUCUUUCUUGAGGAAUUGUAUUUAUAGAAGGUCUGUAUAUAUAUAUUAUAUUUAAAUGUGCCAUAUUUUGUAUGGGUACAUUGUAACAGCUACUACAUAUUGGGAUUUCUUAGUGUGCAAUUCGGGUAAAGAUUGGAAUAGAGAAAUGUGCUUAUCUGUUGCGCC